AUAUGAAACCCAUUUAGCAUGAAAUCGCAUGUGUAGUGAGAGUACAGACGGUCAGACAUUAGAAUGGCCUUGAAAUUUGUUUUAUGGAUGCUAGUGAUUUUAGCUUCGUUACAUUCAAUAUCAUCGCAUGGUUCGGCGAGGCAUUUAAAGGAAAUUGUCCUCGGUAGAUGCUGGGACUUUCAACGGCAAAAGACGUCCGAGGUCACCCCCAAGAACUGUUCGAAAUUAUGGGAAACAUUUCACAAUGCAUUCGCCUUCAAGGACCCGUGUGCAACGAAUUUCUCUGAUUAUGAACCUUUCUUUGAUGAAGUUGGAAUGGACAUUGUUAAAAGGGAUAAGAGUCUCUUUUGGUCAGGAACAUACAAAGAAGCUCACGAAUACUCGGACUUUAACUCCAGACUGACUACAUUAGAAGAUACAAUGGCAGGAUGGAUGAUGAAUGGCUUAACUUGGUGUGGUUCAAAAAAUAAAUCAUCUGAUGGUAUUAACUACGAUUCCUGUCCAAAUUGCAGUCACUUCAAAGCAUUUUGGGGCUUAGCUUCAAGAAGAUUUGCAGAGAAAGCCAGUGGAAUCUCUCAUGUCUUGGUCAACGGAUCGCGGUUAAUAAACGGGACACCAGCUGCUUACUCAAGAACGAAUUUCUUUGGAAGUAUGGAGCUUCCAAACCUUAACAAAAGCAAUGUCAUUGAGCUGAAAAUUUUAGUGGUCCAUAACAUCGGUGGUCCCGUUUUGGAGGUUUGUGGCAAUGGCUCGAUCAAAGAGAUGGAGGAGGAUGCUAACAAAAGAGGCAUAAAAACGACUUGCCUCGAUGACCCGUCGCAAAUUCAACAUCUGCUGUGCGCUGAUUUCCCAGAAUCUCGCGUGUGCCGGUUCCUUCGUAGUGCAACAAGGAGUGUAACAAAGUCCGUGAGUUGUGGGUGAGUUGACUUCAUCUGUUUUCAUUAUUUUCAGUGAGAACAUCGACAAUCAAACCUUUGAAGCGGUGGUAGACGACGCCAUCCCAUUCCAUUUAUUAAGACGAGUUUCGUUCCUCUUACUUAAGGUGUUUUCUUUCAUUCUCUAGUUUCCUCGUUCUUUUUCUUAUCACCAAGAAUAGCAGCAUAUGAUACAAAUAGCUCUAAAACAAACAAACAAACUAACAAAUGAUGACGCACUACCCUUGAAAACUUUUUCUCUAAUAAAGGAAGAGAAGAUAUAGAGGUG